CAGAUGAUGGAUAAUGUUUCUGCUGUCACAAUGUUUACUCUUUCAGGUUUAGAUUUUACACCGGAACAAAAAAUUGUCCUCUUCUUGCUGACUUUACUGUGGUACUUUAUGAUUCUUUGGGGAAAUGUUGCUCUUAUUGUUGCUAUUAUCAUGGAUAAAAACCUCCAUCAGCCUAUGUAUAUUUUUCUGUGCAAUCUAUGCAUCAGUGCCCUGUAUGGAACUGUUGGUUUUUACCCUAAAUUCCUUCUGGAUCUUGUGUCUUCUCAUGUCAUCUCUUAUGCUGGAUGCAUGCUUCAAGGUUUUGUAAUACACUCAUCAACAUGCAGUGAUUUUUCUAUCCUUGCUCUGAUGGCGUAUGACAGAUAUGUGGCAAUAUGUCAACCUCUAGUUUACCACUCAGUUAUGACAAAACAGAGAGUGGCCAUAUUAGUUUUUUUAUCCUGGCUUUUACCUCUUAAUUGUAUGUUUAUGAACACGUCAACGUUAUUAGGAGUGAGGUUAUGUGGCUCACACAUCAGCAGGAUCUACUGUGUUAACUGGAUGAUUCUAAAGCUUGCCUGCUCACCACCCAUAGCAAAUUCUGCAGUCAGUUAUUUUAAUAUGCUCUUUUAUUUUGGACAUUUUGUGUUCAUUCUGUGGUCUUACACAUACCUGAUAAGAACAUGCAGAACCUCUAAGGAGAACCGGACCAAGUUUAUGCAGACAUGCUUGCCACAUUUACUUUCUCUAAUCAUUUUUACCACAGCUGUGCUUUUAGAUUUACUGUAUAUGAGAUUUGGGCAAAUUGGUUAUUCUCAAAACCUCUAUAACUUCAUGGCAACUGAAUUUCUGCUCAUUCCUCCAAUUGUGAAUCCAAUUAUAUAUGGAUUUAAACUCACCAAAGUCCGCAUUAAAAUUUUAAAUGUAUUUCAUAUUAAAAAGAAAGGUGCAAAGUGUAAAUCUGUGACUUUUUAA